GACGAUGAGCUUCGAGGAUAUUUUAGAGGAUGUAGGAGGAUUUGGGCCGUAUCAAAAGUUCCUCAUGGUGGUGUUUCUCAUCCCAACGUACAUCAUUGUUCCCUGGUUCAACCUAAGUGCUAUCUUCAUCACCAGUACUCCAGAACAUUGGUGCUACGUUCCUGAGUUGGAAUCCUCUAAUUUAUCGCUCGCACAAAAGAAGGCGUUGAUUAUCCCGGACAAUGGUGAUGGGUCCUGUACUAUGUAUAACAUUGAUUACAAGGAGCUGUUGAGGACUGGAAAUUUAAGCGUGGAUGAAACAUUGGGUACCAAGCCUUGCAGCAAUGGAUGGCAGUAUGACACAUCCGAUUACGAUGCAACAGCUGCUACUGAAUGGAAUUUGGUUUGCGAUGAUGCCCACUACAGCAGCCUCUUCAUGAGCCUCGUCUUCCUCGGUAAUGUCAUCGGCACUCCCAUCUACGGGUUUAUGUCCGACAGAUUUUUCUUGAAUUUUUCAUACAAAUUAUUCUAUUUGCCUGUAAUGUUUCACCACAGACUGAUUCCUGAAUCUCCGAGGCUACUGAUUUCUCAAGGUCGAUACGAAGAAGCAGCAGACAUUAUGUGCAAAAUUAGCAAGGUCAACGGCAAGACAGCACAUGAGGGGAGCAUUCUUUUGCACAAGAUUCAGAAAUUUGGAGAAGAACUGAAUUUACAAAAAGCUCGUGAACAAAAUUCGGCUUCUCCAUUGGAUCUGAUAAGGCAUCCAAAACUGAGAAAGAGGUUCCUUUUAAUCACCUUAUGUUGGGUUGGCAACGCAAUCCCUUAUUACGGGAUCCAGAUGAACGUGAAGUAUCUGUUUGGUAAUGAGUUCCUUAACUUUUUCUUCAUUUCUCUCAUCGAAAUUCCCGCCUAUUUGGUUGGCUGGAUAGGCACCGAGAAGCUGGGACGGCGCUGGUUCUCUGUGGGAGCUUAUUUAACUAGUGGAGUGGCAUGCUUGCUGCCCGUUCUUUUUUCAUACGAGUGUCCGGGGGUUGGAGUGGCAGCAUCUCUUGUUGCCAAGGCUGGAAUCAGCAUUUCGUACAUGAUCCUUUACCUUCAGGCUCCAGAGUUGUUGCCAACAUCUUUAAGAGGUUGCGGCAUGGGAAUAAGUGGCGCCCUUGGCGUCGGGUCGACUGUUAUUGUUCCUUACAUCAUUGAUCUGUCUAGGUACAGCACUUACAUACCGUUCGUUGCCUUCUUCGCCAUUUCUAUUCUUUCGGCCUUUUGCGCUUCCUUCUUUCCUGAAACCUUGAAUAAGCAGCUUCCUCAGACAGUCGAAGACGUUGAAAACUACCGGGAAGAAAACUUCUUUCCUUGCUGUCAGAACAACGAUUUUGCUGCGGCAGAUCCAGACGAUAGUUUUGUUCCGGAAAAUAAGGCAGCACUUGUGAUUGUAACCAACCAGCAAGAAAACGUACUCGGUGCAUUGCCAAGUUACAUAAAACGAGUCUCCGUGGGCUCUGUUGUUGCAUGUUCCGGCAUUAUUUCGCAUGAACGAAGAUAGCUGUUCUGCUAAUAACUUGUUUCACCGAAAAAUGACUUUUGUCUACAUCAUAUUCAGCUGAUACAUCAAAGAAAAAUUUAUAAUGUGUUUUAUUAUGUCAAUUUUCUAGGAAUUCUAAUA